CCCGAGCCAGAGCGCGGGCAGCGCGGAGCGGGCGGCGGGCAGGCAGCAGUGUCCGGCGGUCCGCAGUCCCCGCUCGCUCCAGGACCCGCACAGCCACAGGGCAGGGGACAAGUCGCAGCCCGCGCGCAGGGGAGCGCCCGCCGCCCCGCCCGGGGGCCGGAAUCCCAGGGCGCGCCCUGGCCGGCUCGGGUCCGAGGUGAGCCCGGAGAAGGACGCGCCCACUGGAGGUACAUCCCGCGAGCUCCUGACUGAGCCCACCUGGCCCUGGGUCCUUAGAGGACGCCGACAGCCGAGGAGGCUUCCGCUCGGAGCCAGCGCGGGAACAGCGGCGCGGCGCUAUCCCGAGGGUCGGAGGAGCCCGGCUGGAGGGAGCCGCGGCGCCCGGCCAUGCGCUGGGCGCAGUAGCAGGAGACGCGGACCCAAUGGAGCGGGCCGGGGCGCGGGGACUGCCUGGAGGCCGCCGUCCAGCCGGGCUGCGGCUCGCGCUCGCGCUCUGGCUGGCCCUACUACUAGCGCGGACGCCGUCGAGCCGCGCUGGGGCCCCCGAGGCGCAGGAGCCCGUGGCUCCGAGCGCAGCGGCCCCGACUGGCGGCGACCGCUGCCGCGGCUACUACGACGUGAUGGGCCAGUGGGACCCGCCGUUCAACUGCAGCUCCGGCGCCUACAGCUUCUGCUGCGGCACGUGCGGCUACCGCUUCUGCUGCCACGACGGGCCGCGGCGUCUUGACCAGAGCCGCUGCUCCAACUACGACACACCAGCCUGGGUGCAGACUGGCCGGCCGCCUGCUCGCGCCCGCGAUACCGCGGCGCCCCGGGACCCGGCCCGCGAGCGCAGCCACACGGCUGUCUACGCUGUGUGCGGUGUCGCCGCGCUGCUAGUGCUGGCCGGCAUCGGGGCGCGCCUGGGCCUGGAGAGGGCGCACAGCCCGCGCGCACGGCGCACGGUGACCAGGACACUGACAGAACUUCUGAAGCAACCCGGCCCCCAGGAACCACUGCCUCCACCUUUGGGCCCACCCCUGGGUAGCUGUGUCCAGGUGCAGAUGGGAGAUGGCCUUCCCCGAGGGUCCCCCCACAACAGCACAGACAAGAAACGCCUCAACAACGCCGCCCUGGGGUCCGCCACGCCCGCGCCCCCGCGCCGACCCCGGUUGCAAGGAGGCGGCAACUUGACGCUGCAGCCCGACUACGCCAAGUACGCCACGCUCAAGGCGGCCGCGCUCAAGGCGGCAGAGGCCGCCCCCCAGGACUUCUACCAGCGUUUUCCCACCGCCGAGUCGGCCCCGCGGACCCUCCCGGCGCGGGCCCCGAGGCCUCCCGAGGACUUGCCCGCGCUGCUCGAGGCCUGCCCCUGGGCCCCCCCGGGCUACGCGGCCCCUACCGGCCCCGCUCCGCCGGGGCCCUACGCAGCCUGGACCGCCGGGCGCCCGGCCAGGCCCGCCCCCCGCGGCCACCUAGCGGCCCAUGCCUCUCCUGCACCCCGGAGGCCCGGCCACGCGCCGCGGCGCCAGUUCAGCGUGGAGAAGCUGCCCGAGGCCUUCAGCGUGCAGCACCCAGGCCUUUACUGUAGUGCGGGCCGCGGACCCCGGCACCUGAGCACCAACAGCAAAACCGAGGUCACCGUGUGAAGCUGGGCCACCCAACGGAGGCAGAGCCGGAAGCCCUCGACUGCUUGGUCCAGGGCCCCAGGGCACGGAGGAGCCCAACGCGGGCAUCCACCGAGACUAGGCUGGGGGCCUUGGAGCCUGCAGGGCUGAAAAAAGACCUACUGGUAUGACCGGUGGUUCCAUCCUUGGGUCCACAGGCCCCGGAUUCCUCGUGUAAAUAAAUCCUUUAAUGUGGUUCCUGCUGA